UUAUAAUUUUGGCAGUAACCGGUGCACAUUAUAUUUCACAGAAGUAUUUUUCUUAAAGGAGACCAGUUCCAUGACAGAUAUGAGGUCCAGGGCCUUAUGGACCCGUGUACAGACUAUGCGAACGUCGACAAUGGUGGCUGUAGGUAUUCUCGUCGUUCUAAUGGUACUAUUCUACAUAAAGGAUUCAAAUUAUAGGGAAAGAGUUUCCCAGGAGACUCAUGGUCGUAUCAGAAAACUUGAGGCUGGUUCCUUAGUAAGUCAAAAAGGUGCGAAAUCAUUAGAUAAGAAAACUAAGGUUAAAGUCGCCCAGAGUAAUGAUGUUGACGGUGAUCAGGAUACUUUCUCUGACAAAGCAGUCACGUCGACGACAACGCAGAACCCCGGUUCAUACACAACUCUUGAUUACGACUCUGAUGACGGAAAGCGCGAAGAGCUAGAUAUAUUGAAAUACAAAAAGCUUACAAAGGAUAAGAAAAUUGCACAAGUAAUAUUUAAUGAAGAUGAAAAUGUUGAUGGUGAUGAUGAUGACGAUGCUACAACAACCUCGGCAACUCCGACAACAACCCAGGUAGCUACUACCACGGAGAAAACAAUUGAUGAUGAUGAUGGUGCUGAUGAUGCUGACGACGACGAUGGUGAUAUCAAUGCAAAUCCUAAGAAGGAAGAUGAAAUUAGUAUUAAAAAGAUUGAUAAUAGUAAAAUUGGAAAAGAAAACUUCGAAGGAAAACAGGAGUCAAAUACCGUUCCAGAUAAAAAUAAGGAAAGCAUUAAACCAAAAGAGGAUGUGCAAAACAAAAAAGUUCUAAUAGAUAUCCUUGGAGCUGAAACUAAAAGGAUGAAAGAAAAAAAUGAACUAGUCAUUAAACAGCUCCCAGUUGAUUCCAAAACGGAUAAACCUGAAAAUCCAUCAAAAAGUUUACCUUUGCUAAAAAUAGAAUUACCCGAAAAAUCCGUUAUGCUUCCCGACGAUAGAACUGACAAGAAUGGAGACAGUGGCAGUCAAACUGAACAACAAAGUUCAAAUGAAAAUCAAGAAUCAGAAGGCCAAAAAGAAGUUCGGGACUUGAAUCAAGCUAAAAUUGAAAGCCCACUUCCACAUCCAGAACAGGUCAUUAAGAAAAAAACUGAAUACGAAAUGCACGAACCAGUAACACCAAAAGAUGACAAUGUUGACAAUAACGAUAUGGCCGCCCAGAUCAAAAUGCUUGCCCUAAAGUAUUCCAUCACUUUAAAUGAGACAGAUCUUCCGCGGCAGAGUGAAAGCUAUACAAAGAGACUGCGGAAUAAACUGAUUCAGACGGGGCGAUUUGACUUGCUUGAGAGCAAGAACUGUAAGAAGAGGCUGCCUAAAUGUAUCAUUAUUGGUGUAAUGAAAGCCGGCACAGAAGCAUUCUCAACUUUCCUAGGAGUCCAUCCACAGGUAGCUAUGCAAUUUGGAUAUGCAGCAAUGGUGUUUUUCAGCAGUUCCCAAUACGAUAAUGGACUCGAAUGGUACAGGGAACGAAUGAUGUGUAGUACGAAAGAUCAGAUUACGAUGGAGAAAUCACCGCAAUAUUUCUCGUCCGCACUUGCGCCAAAAAGAAUCCAUUCAAUGGACCCUAAUAUGAAACUUAUUCUUUUAGUUCGAGAUCCAAUAUCCCGAGCUCUUUCACACUUUUUACAACAAAAAAGUGCCAACCCAGAUCGCCUUAAAGCACAAACAUUUGAAGACUGUGUUUAUGAUAAGAAAACAAAAACAGUAAUAUCAAGCAGUCCUUAUAUUCAACAGUCAACAUAUAGUGUUAUAUUAAAACGUUGGCUACAUUAUUUCUCCUUCAAACAAAUUCUUAUCGUGGACGGUGACACGUUCAAGAAGAACCCCAUUCGCAGUUUACACAAAGCAGAAACUUUCUUAGAUAUUGACCACUCUAUAAGUAAAGACAGACUCUAUUUCAAUAAAGAGAAAGGAUUUUAUUGUUUAAAGAUAAAUUCAACAGCGAAAGAGGAUUUAGAAAUGUCCUGCUUCGGCAGUGAAAAAGGACGGAUUCACCCUUCCAUAAAUCCGGAAGUAGAGAAGGCCUUGCAAAGAUACUUCCGGCCGUAUAAUGAAGAAUUUAUGAAAAUGACGAGCAUGAAAAUGAAAUGGAAGUAACAUUUACAUAGAUUUAUAGAAAUGUUGUUUGUUAGAUGAGCUGGAUUUAUGUGAAUAAACAAUCAUUUUACAAGAAAACAUAUUAUGUAAACAAUGUAACAUGGAUAUUAUUGAAGAUGAAUUUCAUUUUAUAAUACUAGACUAAAGUAUGGUAGCUAUCGUUAACAGUUUAAAACUACAUGUAUAUUUUAACCGUUGCCCUACUAUUUAGAAAAGAGAAAAAUUAAAGCCAUUAUGAAAAAAAGAAAAGAAGAAAAGGAACUACAUGAUUUGUCGAAAUAUAUUUUCUGGUAUGUUUUAUUUCAAAAGACAUUUUGUGUUUUAUACUGCGGCAUUAAAAUACAUUUUGUUAACAACACCUUUGGAAAUAUUUUGUAUAAAAUAAGGGCCUCCACUGAGGUUAAAAAGCCAAACAUAGCAUUUGAAUUUCUUACAUUAAUGAGCUGGGGUACUUUAACAGCAAUAUAUGCAAAGAUAGUUAAGAAUUAUACUUUUUGAAAUUAAUUUUUAAGUUUUUUUAGCACGAUUUGAGUGAAAAGCGUUUAAACACUUUUCAUUUUUUGCCAUUUUUUUACAAUUUGAAUUAUUAUUCUGGAAAAAAGAAGUGCGCGAAUGAUCUGAAAAUUUUCACGAAGAUUAGUGUUCUAAACCUACAUCAUAUGGUACAUUUAUCUGGAAAAAAUAUUUUCAGUCCCAUCAUUUCAAAAAACCUCAGUGGAGUCCCUUUAACACGAACAAUACAAUUGAUUACAGAAAUAAUUUACAUUUUACUUACAUAAUAAUGUAAUAUACUAAGUAUUACUUGCUGUACACGGGAAAUAUACUCGUAUACACGUUUAUCGAGUUAUACAUGAACACUUCAAUUUCUAGAUUUCCUUUGCUUAGAUAGAAAUAAAUUCAUUAAAACGUUACUAUGUCCUAGAAAUGUACAGUAUUUUAGUACUUUUGAAUUGUGUCUUGUUUUCAAUUUAUUUUAGUUUGAUUAAAUGCAACAAAUAAUUACGAAUAACCUUGAAAUAUCUCAGUUGAAGCAUGACACAAACCAGGCUAUUGGAUUGUGAUGUUUGGUGAAUUAAUUACUCAUUAUUUGUUUGGGUACCUUAUUAAUAUCAUGGAUUUACAUAUAUUCGUAUGUGACGUUUUUAUUUCAUUACAAAAUAUUUAUUACAUAAUUUAUUGAAGCCAAAUAUCGAUUUUAAUAAAGAUUUGAAAUUA